GAGCCGUGGAGGCCUGGUCCCACCGUUUCCCCUGAGCCCUGGAGAGCGGCGCCUCACGAGGUGCAGAAGUCUUCCACGGUCUCUCCCUGGGCUCCCAAACCUGCCAUGUCAGUGUCCGUCGAAUCCCGCAGGUCUGCCCCGGAGUCCCGAAGGCCCGGCCCCGUUGUGUCACCGGAGCCGAGGAGGUUUGUUUCUGACUCCUGGAAAUCCACGUCCUUUUCCGAGUCCCAGAAGUCCACUCUGAUUUCUUCUGAGCCGUGGAAGCCCAUCUCAUCUGUUUACCCCGAAGGCUGGAAACCUGUUCUGUCCCCUGACACGUGGAAGCAUUCUGCCCCUGUUUCUCCUGAGCUUCGAAAGCCUAGUCACACCGUUUCCUCUGACUGCUGGAAGCCUUCUUUCUUUCCCGAGGUCCGUAAGCCUGGUGCUGCAGGAUCUCCUGAAUCUUGGAAACUCUCCGAGUCCCGGAAAUCUGCGUAUUUUUCUGAAACUCAGAAACCCACCUCUGCUGCUUCAUCUGAGGUUCAGAAACGGGCUCAUUUCCCUGAGCCUCGGAAAAGAGCUCUGUUCCCAGAGUCUCGUAAGUCCAGUCCUGCUGUUUCUGCUGAUGUCCAGAAACGUGCUAUCUUUUCCGAGCCCCAGAAUCAGGCAUCUACUUCUGCUGUUUCUGCUGAAGGCCAAAAACAUGCCUUGUGUUCUGAAGCUCAGAAAUUGGCUCCUGUUCCUUCUGAGGUCCAGAAGCACGCCUUAUUUUCUGAAGCCCAGAAGCUUGCUCCCAUUUCCCCUGAAGUUCAGGAGCAUGCUGCCUUUCCAGAGACUCAGAAAUCUCCUGAAAUUCAGAAACAUGGCUUCUUUGCUGAGUCUCAGAAACCCACUCCUUCUGUUUCUCCUGAGACCCCCAAACAAGCUGUUUUUACCGACUCCCAGAAAUCUGCCAUCUCCCCUGAUGUUCAGAAGCAUGCUGCAUUUUCUGAGAUGCAGAAGCCUGCUGCUGCUUUGUCCUCUGAUGUCCAGAGACAUGCUGAAACCGCUGUACCUCCUGAGAUCCAGAAGAACGUCCUGUUUUCCGAGCCUCACAAGUCUGCUCCAGGUUUUUCCUCUGAGCCCCAGACACCAAGUGAGUCUGGUGAGAGUGACUUUCUUUCUCACAGUUUAGAUGAUCCGAAACCCCUGGAUGAUUUAUUCUCACAGGAUGAACAAUCAGUAUUAGCCAAAGAAUCGCCAGAAGACAUGCUGUAUUCAUGCCCAAAAAAGAAACCUAAGAAGGAAAACCAGGAAAACUCAGAUUCAGAACUAAACAGCAGCGAGGGUGGAAAACCAGACAUGGACUCGAUGGAGAUUAAGGAGCAAGAAUCCAACAGUGACCAAGAACAGUAUGACCUGGAGUCAUCUGAUUAUGUCAAAGAGAGCAAAAUAGAUGCAGCUACUCCCAUGCAACCGCCCUGUGUGCUGCAGUUUACUGAAGAGAAAGAGGCUUUCAUCUCCGAGGAGGAAAUAGCCAAGUACAUGAAGCGUGGCAAGGGAAAGUAUUAUUGCAAGAUCUGUUGCUGUCGUGCAAUGAAGAAAGGUGCUGUCCUGCACCACUUGGUGAACAAGCACAACGUUCAGAGCCCGUACAAGUGUAAAAUCUGUGGCAAAGCUUUCCUCUUGGAGUCUCUCCUCAAAAACCACGUUGCUGCUCACGGUCAGAGCUUGCUGAAGUGCCCGCGCUGUAAUUUUGAAUCCAAUUUCCCCCGAGGCUUUAAGAAACAUUUGACCCAUUGCCAAAACCGUCAUAGUGAUGAGACCCCUAAAAAACACUUGGACAGCCUUGAACCUCUUGAAGAGCAAAUCUAA